AAGCAGCACAUCCCGGAAGUCCUGAGAUCAUAAAUAAAGACACUUGUCGACCUGUGUGGUUGACUAUCACUGGUUAAUGUUAACUUUAAUGAAGUGGUUUUGUACGUGGUCUUCUCUGCUAUGGCACUGCAGGUGUUAAAACACAGAAGGAAUAAAGUUGCAACCUCUCCAAGGUCUCAGGUCUGAUCUUCAGUGGAUGCAGUGUACUCCACCAUGUUGGUGACAGCUUAUUUUGCCAUUAUUGUCCUUCUCACCCUGUGCUUUGUCCUCGAGUUCACUGCUCGCCGCCUCACCCCAAAUCAGUCCACAGCUGCUGUCGCCAACCCGGCCUUCCGUCGUUUCCAGACCAUAUUCCUCCGUGCUUACCUUUUGGCUUUGUGGGCAGACUGGCUCCAGGGACCGUACCUCUACAAACUUUACCGGCACUACAGCUUCCUGGAAUCUCAAAUAGCCAUCCUUUAUGUGUGUGGCCUGGCUGCCUGCGUUCUGUUUGCCCCUUUUUCAAGCUGGCUCCCCCAAGUCUUGGGCCGCAGACCGACGUGUCUUCUUUUCUGUUUGUGCUACUCAGCUUGUUGUCUCACCAAACUUUCCACUGACUACUUUGUUCUGAUUGUCGGCCGUGUUCUGGGGGGUAUAUCUACCUCCCUUCUGGCCACCACGUUUGAAGGCUGGUAUGUGCAUCGACAUGUAGAUGUCCAUGAUUUUCCAAAGGAGUGGAUCCCUGUUACUUUCACCAAAGCUGCCACAUGGAACCAUGGACUUGCUGUUGGAGCAGGACUGGUGGCCAACUUGCUGGCUGAGUGGCUACACUUGGGUCCAGUGGCUCCGUUUCUCCUGGCUGUUCCCUGUCUUUUGUGCUGUGCAUGGGUGGUGCUCACUGACUGGGGCAAGGAGGAGGCUGAAGGAAUUCCUCAAGGGGAUAAACAGGCACCCAUCAACGCUCCAAAUGGAGGCGUGACUCACUUGUCUGCAAAGGCCCGGUUCUCACGUAGCUGUUAUGAGGGCCUGCGUUGUCUGCUGUCAGACAAGAGAGUCAUGCUCCUGGGUGGAGUGCAGGCUCUGUUUGAGAGUGUCCUCUACAUUUUUGUGUUCCUCUGGACCCCAGUGUUGGACCCUCAUGGAUCUCCGUUAGGAAUAGUGUUUUCCUGCUUCAUGGCUGCCAGCAUGGCUGGCUCUUUGCUCUACCGUCUGGCCACAUCCACUCGGUACCAUCUACAGCCAAGCCACGUGCUCUGCCUGUCUGUUCUCAUGGCUUUCUUCUCUUUCUUUAUGUUAACGUUUUCCACUGUGCCCGGCCAACCCAGACCUCACGAGUCCUUCCUGGCCUUCCUGCUGCUAGAACUGGCCUGCGGCCUCUACUUCCCGGCACUCAGUUUCCUGCAGGGCAGGAUAAUCCCUGAAGAGAAGCGAGCGAGUGUGCUGGCCUGGUUCCGACUGCCUCUGCACCUGCUGGCCUGCCUGGGGCUGUUAGCACUUCACGGAGAGGUUUCAGGAGCAGGUGAAGGAGAAGGUGGCAGCGGCACCAGGCACAUGUUUGGAGGCUGUGCUGUCAUGAUGCUGGCAGCUCUGAUGGCUGUGGUUAGUCUUUUCACUCUGGGCAGAAAUGAUACAGACCUUAGAGUGGAGGGAAACAGAGGAGGAGGGGAGGGGUUCUGAGGGGUUCUGGGACACAGAAGGACUUUGUUCAGUUUGGUGGGAGAGAAAAUAAAGUUUUAAUGGUGUGAGUUGUUGACAAUUGUUACCAAAAUCAUGGAUGAAGAAAACAAAUUCCAAAGACAAAAAGCGAGGAUGAGGUUUAUUUUUAUUUUUGGUGAAAGAUGCAUGGCUAAGGUAGUUUACAUGAGUUGCCAGAUUCACUGCUCCUGAAGAAAGAAAAAGCUGAAAGGGAGUGGGGUGGAUCACAUGUAAUCAAAUUUCAGACUUCAUUUUGUCCUUUUUAAAGGGUAGUAAUUAUUCCUGUUUUGUGUUGGGAUAUUUUUAACACGUAUCAGCCGACAUCAGUGUCUGACACUUCACUAUCAUUCCAUGACUGCAGAUGCUUUAUUCUUUGUUUUGUUUUGUUUUUACUUAAAACAGAAGGAAUAUUACUUUUCAGUAAUUGUGACACAUAUUAGGAAAUGUGAAUGGAUUUACAUGGAAAGACAUGUACAUGUUCUGGGUAUUUAUGUUUAUGUAAACACAAUACUUUGCUUUCUGGUUAUUUACAAGAUUAUUUUUAAUCAUUUGUCUUGGUUACAAUAAAAAGGUAAUAUUAUAUAUGAUACAACGUCAUUUUUUUACUGGUAUUAUGUGUUGUUUAAUGUAUUAUGGUGAAUUUCUCAAUGAUCAUUGAUGUAUUUUCUGUUUGAUAGUUAUCCCCAAAUUACAUACACACGUGUCAUAAA